AUGGGUACAUACCAAUACCCCAACCUCACUGUCAUUGAAGAGGAUGAUAGCAUAAAGGUGAGAAUCAUGCACCUGCAGCACACUAUCGUUGCAAAAUUUCCAAACCACCAGAUGGUCUACAUCUCCAUACAUAACAUUCAGAGAGCAAUUCAACAUCAGUACCAUGCUUCCAUUGAUGUCAAGGAUAUAUCAACAUGCGGACCAGACUUGCUCAUACACAUGCGCCAGACCACUACCUACUCCCUUAUGCUAGCAAGCGGAAGCCUAGACAUGAUUCCAAUCAGCCUCAGUCUUAUGCCAUGGAACGCAGAAUAUGGUUCCACAAAAGUCCCAGCCCACACACAGCUAGCAGAUUCAUUCAACUUCGACUACAACAAAAUUGCGCGCAACAUGCGGAAGCCUGCCAAACAAGCCUUGAUCCUGAUAGAUGCCAUUCCAGCACACCUAUGCAGCGAUACUACUAUCAAAACACUUCUUCAAAAGCUAUGUGAUGUGCCAGAGAUCACAUUUGAUCGUCCCAACCACACUUAUCAAGUCAGCGCGAAGACCCACUGCAUUGAAAACAUCCCAUCAGUGGCGCAUUUGGGUCUCAAGAAAAUAGAAGCAGGCCAAGCUUUCAUAUAUAUUUGGCCCAUCUGGCUUGAAGCAAUUGAUUUCACCAGUGAGGACAGUCUUAUUCUAGAGUCCUGGGCGGAAGAAGAGGCCGCAAAACUAGCACGGCAAAAACUGGCAGGAUAUAUUAGCAGUGCAGACACGUUCCCAGCAGAUUACGGUGAACACGAGGGAGACAUUAAUGACCUUGACGACACAGCAUACAGGAGUUCAGUAUAUCCACCCUUACAUUCUUCACAGGUUCCUUAUGCAGAUGCAGUCACCACACCGAAUGCAUGUGCCACUAUCAACGAUCAGGUACUCCAGUCUCGAUGGACACGGACCUUUCAGAUCGCGAACCAAAAUUCUGAGAAGAUCAUCAGCAAAAUCGCGUUGAAGAAUGUACGGUUGCUCCACCUACUGCUGCGUGUAUAA